CUUUUACUUGCAAAACGUACGCAGAGCCGUGCUCAAUAUUUAUUCAACCACACAAGUAAGUCAACACCAUACAUUCCUUGGCAUAUGUCGAUUCACUAGCUCGCUCGCGCAACGCACGUACCGGCCCCAGCUGCCCUACUUCGGCGACCACCCCGGACCCACCAGAGUGGUAGAAGUGGGUCGGUCGCGAGAAUGAACAUGUCCAUAACGACGACACAACCGCGUUUUGUGCCGCUGCCUGGUACUGUUCUUCUCCAAGAAACAUCACGUCAAUAUUGUGAUGUUGUGGUCGUUGUUGUGACUCUGCUGCGCACAACUAUCGUGGAAUCGUAACGCUGGGGGCAUGCAUCUGUUUUUGGAUCGUGUUCUUCUUUCUUUGCUCCCUUGCUACUCGCAUAACAUGUAUCGUUUUCAUUCUCUACCUUUUCCUACCUUUCUGUUCCUCUUUCUUUUCCCGCGUCGCGUCUUUCAGGACCUGCUUUAUUGACAUGAUGGACAGCAAGACCUCCUUCCCAGAACUCUCUACUUCUUCGCAGCGAUCCAACCCUUUGCUGCCCACACCUCCAAUCAGCUCAGGCAGCGACCAGUCCAGGGCGGGUCUUUCCGAGCCAGCUCUAGCAAUGCAUCAGAAGGCCACAGGGUACACCAACUCCAUAACUUGGGAGUCAAAGUCGACAAAGGAGCGAAAGAACUACCUGGUUGCGCAGCAUUCGCUUGAAAGACUCUGUCCACACUCUCCGGUCCGCUACAUGGCGUUCAGAGAGUGGAUGGAGCUCAGACAAUACCAUCACGGCAGAGAGCUCAGAAAGGAGCGCAAGCGCCUGUACGAGGCAGAGGAGAGAAUGAGACUCCAGGCUCUCGGCAUUCCUCCAUUGAUGCAGCCUUUUGGUGGCAAGAUUUUCGAAGGAAACCGCACCGCCGUGCUAUCCCAGCAGUCCAUAUGGUGUCGAUGGGACUGGGACGCCAAGCCUGAGCUCGCGGAGUGGCCAUGCAGUGAGGAGAUGCGAUACCAGGGCGACGGUCGCGCCCAGAGCAAGCUGGGCCGAUUCCUCGCUCUGCCACGUUACCAGCCAAACUUUACUGUUGGCUGGGAUCAGUGCCGUAUGACGGCGGUGUACCCGUUUGAUGAAGUUAACAGAGUUCCAACUGAAGAAGACGUGUGUGCCCCGGUGGACGAGAUUCUGGAAGCCGACAUUCCCAUGCUACUGAAUCAGAGCCUGCUGGAUGCUCUGGAUGACGUGGACGAUGAGCUCUAUUUCGAUCUCAAGGGAACACCGGAUACCAGCUUGGACCUGAACGAGGGUACUGAUAUGAUUGUUAGAAUCAAAGAGAGCAACUCUUGGAAAUAG